AUGCCCGAGGGCGCCCGCGCGGGCGCCGGGUUCAACAGGCCGAUUCCCCAGGUGCAGCCGCGAUCGAGGUCUCGCUCCCCAGUGCCAGCGCCAGCGGUUGCAGUGGACCUGGAGGAGAAUGACUUCAAGUUGGACCACGACGGUGACGCGGACAUCAGCCUCAGCCAGCACAGCCAGCACAGCGUUCACAAUGUUGGGGGACGGCAACAGCACGUCGCUGCUGACAGCGGCGACGGUGACAGCGAAGGCGACGGGGUUGAGCAGGAGGACGUCCCGGCGCUCAUCGCAACUGACUCCGACUUUGACGACGUCGACAACCCAUGGGACGGCUACUCACCACAGGGCUUGCAAAGGAAGCUAUUUUCUGUGAAGGGAGGUUGCGCGAAAUACAAGAAUAUGACGAAGCACCUCCCAAGCGGGCCAUCGUCGCUUUCAGAGUUCAAGGAUCACACGAAGCGGUGCAUGGACACAGCGUUCAGUGGGGAGGAGGGCGAGCUGAGAAAUAUAAGAGUCCUGAGUCUCUUCCAGUACGGCGUUGCCCUGCACACUGACUUCAGCGGGAUGCAAGGGGCUGAAGCCGUCAUGCUGAUGAUCAAGACGGAGCUCAAGAAGGUCGGCCUGGAUAACGAGUGGCUUAUGUUCUAUCGCGCGACGGAGCCCAUCCCAGCGUUGAAGGACCUCCUGAUCCACGAGGAUGAUAUGAGACCAGCCCACGUGUUCAAGACGGUUGAGCAGCUCCACAUGAAUGAUUCCGUUCACGAUCUACCGCAGAGGCCUCCCAGUGGGUAUCCAAGUGAUCUCCAAAAAUGGUACAGGGACUUCAAGGACUACCUCAAGGAGCACUUCGCCGCAUUCUAUGCGUGGGGCAAGACCAGUCCGAACAGCGUGCUCAAGCCAGGCGUGCACGUCCCUGUUCGUUAUGGGGAAACCGAGGAGCUUGAGCAGUCCAUGAUUGAUAACUUCGGGCCAUUGCGAGUGAACUGGGGCUCGCCGCCAUGCAUCCCGUGGUGCCCAACUGGCAAGAAGCAGAAGCUUACUGAUAAGACGAUCCCAGCGUACGAGACAUGGCUGGAGGAGGCGAAGCACUUUGACUUGGUCUUCAUGGAGCAAUCGCAUCGCUAUCCCCCGAUCCUGUUCGAGGAGGCGCUGAAGGAUGCCCACAAGAUCGUGUAUUCCAAGUUCGGGCCUAACGAUCCGGGGUGGCCAGUGGCACGACUUCGAUUCAGGGCCGCAGCCAUUCGUCUCGACAAGCUCGCUUGGGUGGGGCCUAUGCACAAGAACGACGUGACAGACGACUUCUUGCGAAUCUUUCACCAGCAGGUGACAACCACAGCCAGCAUCUUUGCCAAUAUCGACUCCGAGGACAACAUCGAGAAGGUUAUCAAGGAGCACGCGGCCCUGAAGGGGGGUGACUAUGAUGAGAACGAACCAGUUUGGCAGCAUCUGCCUCCGCAUGCGGUCGACAAUUUCCUGGCCUACCACGAGAGGGCCGCUUGCAUUGCCGAGGGGGUCGAGACGAUGGUGGCAGACGCGACGUUCAACCCCAGAGUUCGCUCUGGCCGCUUUGGCCACUGGAUGCCUACAAUCCAGAAGAAUACCAAGAUGGUGGAGCUCUCCAUCGCGAACGUGAGCCAGGUGCACAUCUUCACACCUCGCGAACUCUUCUUUGCGAUGGGCUGGCCAGUCAUUCAGAUCCCGAAGGAGGAUGCCAAGGAUGAUGACAGCCUGAUCCCGAAGCCGAACCCAUAUAGCUUCUCCGAGCGCAUCUUGUCAGAAGGCCCCUCGAUAAAGUCGUGCGCUCUUGGAGAUGGGAUGCACUUGGCUGCCGAGGAGGCGUGGGUCAUCUACAUAGCGUCCAACACCAUCCGGCGGGAUGUGCUUUCGUCGAUGGCGCCCCCGCUGAGCGCGCCCAGCAGCAGCAGCGCUGGCACGGCGGACUCCGUGCCCCACCAGGGCGGCCGCUCGGCCCUUGGAACUGCGCCAGCUGCGCCAUGA